UAUGUCCACAUAUUUAUUUAUGUCUCUCUCAAGGUGGAUAUCGAUCAUUGAGGCAAAUUGGCAAUUUUGCACUGUGCUGUAUAAUGUAAAUGAAAUUGGAUGUUUUUGUCCAUUUCGUUCUCGCCUCCACUAGAGGACGUCAGAGCGACACAGAUGACGAAUAAGGUGUCAGUAUGCGGCGGCAUAUACAACCAUAGAAUUCCGCCAGGUUCCACGUGCAUGGCGUCAUAGCCCGAUCCGUUUGUUUCUCUCUUUUAUGGCAUGUUGUUGUUGCAUCGUCAUGACCGCGACGCGAUGAUGGAGCCGCACAUACGUCGCACGUGGUCUUCAUAGAAAUUAUUUUUUUCGCCCUUUUUUUCCACUGGUGAUCAUGUGACCGCGAUGGUUCCGCCCAGAACAACUUCAGCAUGUGUUGACAUUCCGCGCGGCGUGUUUGGCUGGCCUGCUAGUAUUGUUCCGGGAUGGACGUGUCGUGCACACUGGCCGGUCCGAACCACCGCGCGUUCUGACAAAUGACACCCCAAAGCAGCGGUCCAAGAUGAUGUCGCUCAUCGACCUGGAGGACGAGCAGCGGUGGGUGCCCACGCACGUCAAUGUCACCGUGCUCUGCGCCAGGGGACUGCGGACGAAGAGUAAGCAUGGCAGCCGCUACCUGUACGCGGUGGUCCAGGUGGGCAAGGACAAAUACACUACGGGCCUCGUUGACAAGGCCGAUGUGCCCGUGUGGUCCGAGGAGUGCUGCUUUGAGCUCCUCCCGGGCAUCCUGGAGGAGGAGGUUGGAGGCGGAGGCGGCCGAGGAGCCUACCCUUCCGGCAGCGCCGACCUGGUGCUCACCGUCAUGCACAGAGUCCUGAUUGGACUCGAUGUGUUUCUGGGCCAGACAGUCAUCCCGCUGGAUCGCUUGUUUCGGGAAGGCGCGUGCCCCAGAGACCAGUGGUUCAAGCUGCACUCGAAGGCGGGCCGAAAGGCGAAGGAGCGUGGCGAAUUGCAACUGACGGUGCAGUUCACCCGCAAUAACAUGACGGCCAGCAUGUUUGACCUCACCGCCAAAGACGGGCGUCGCUCCGCUUUCGGCAAACUCAAGGAUCGCGUGACGGGGAGGAAGCGCCCCGACGUGGAGUCGUCCUCGGCCAUCGUGCCAGGCCGCUAUGCCGCCCUGUCGACACCCCCGGGGCAGUCGUUAGGCGACGAAAGUGGGGGCGCCGCCCAUGGGCAAGACGUGGAGGCAACGGAGGAAAAGAGGAGCGUGAUGAAAGAUUUCUUCAAAGGGAAACUGAGAAAGUUGUCUGACACCAGGUCGUGUUCGUCGCUGGCCUCCGAGAGUAGCACCUCCUCCAUGGCAAGCGACGCCCCAGGUCCUGCGCCCGCUCUCGGCCUGCUCUCGGAUCUCCCCAGCUCACCCAUCUACACCACCGUCACACGAGUGGACCCCCACUAUGGAGAUCUGACAACAACAGUGCUCACCAGUCGGAACGCCGCGAACAUUCUGACACACAAACGAGCCUUCAGCGAUGAAGCUAGAAAAAUAACGGAGUCUGACCCUCGGACAAAUCCCAACAUGGAGUCUGUCAAAUGCCAGCAGAGCAUUAGUCAGUCCAAAUCUUCCGUGUGCAUAAAUGGCAGCCAUGUGUAUGACUCUGAGCCGUCGAUCCCAAAGAGCGCCGGAGCCCUGCCAUCCAAAUUGGUCUUGUUGGAGAAAUGCUCCCCACUGUCCCGUUCCCUACAGAAUCUCACCAAGCGAAGCGAGGACAAAGGUACUUUGGCGGAGGAGCGACGCUGGUCCUUUGACAAGAUGAAGAAAGACGGAAAGGAGGAAGAAAAGGAAACGCCACCAGCAGAGACGAGAGGACAUCCUGAGCAGGCGGCAAAGCCCUCUGCUGCUGAUUCUUCCGACAAAGGGUGGAAGCUGAGAAAGACCUUAUUCUCUGCGGGUAGGAGUGAUUCUGUACCAGCAAAGCCAGACAGUAGCCAGGCCGCUUCCACCUCUGAAGGGAGGCUGAGAGGCUGGUUCAGCUACACCGACUCCCAAAACAAACCAAGGCUGGAAGUUUCUUCUAAGCUAGAAAGCACCACACCUCCCAUCCCCCCGCACGUUUCUGUAGGCACUCACGGUUCCCCCUCCACAGACUCACUCCCCAUUGACCAAAAUCACACACAUCCCAUGACCCCUCCACCCACCCCCAUUUCCCCCUCCAACCCCUUCUUUGAAGAGCUCCAGAGGUCCCCUCUAUCGACACAUAGCUCCUCAACCUUCCUUUACUCUUCUCAGCACUCCGGUCAGGGAAAGACCAGUCCUUCUCCAAGCGCUGCCAGCAUACCUUCCAUCAAGAGGGAGCGUCCUCGGCCUGUCGCUAGACAGGCAUCGCUUCCUGAGUUUUUACCGGAAACUUCCAAACGUUCAAGUAGUCGCCCCAUGAUGAUGAGCAGACAGGACUGGGAAGACUCAUUUGACAUGUUUGCUUCACACAGGCUCAACACACCCAAUGGAAAUCCCACUCAUAUGCAACUGGAAAGUACCCUAGCAUCCAGCCAGAGGUGCAGUUAUCAUGAAGCAAAUUUAAAUACCGGAUAUCUCUUACAAGAGCGACAAAGAUCCCAGGAGGAGCCUCCACCGUUACCGCCAAGGAGACCGGUAAGAACUUUGACGAAUGAAAUAUACUCUGAUGGCUGGCUCCACAGAGGCCAAGAGCUGGCAGUCCAUAAAGAAGCCUCCCUCCUCUCCCAGACUGGAGUGGCCUCACGACAGUAUGGAAGAGAUUCAGAAUGUAUACGACCAGCAUCAAGUGUAUCACCAGACAGCGAGACUUCGGAUUCCCGUAACGUUAAGUCUAGACUUUACGGGAUCAUUCCUUCCCCGGGAUUUAUGUCCGAAGAGACUCUCAAAAAGUAUGAACCCUUGGAAGAUACAGAGGACUUUUGGGGGGGGAUGCUGUUUGAACAGGACUUGUAUGGGCGGGUUUGCAGGGGAAACGUUAGACGAGCUACUUUACACGUUCAUAACAACACAGGGCUUGGGAAUGUUCAAGAGUGCGAGACUUCUGUUGUUGACCAUUUGAAAAAGUCACACAAUUCCCCCUCAAUGUCCGAGUUAAAGACUGGUCGGACUCCCGCUCUGUUAGAAUUGACAGAAUCUUCUACCACUGGCAUGAACAAUAACGUGACUUUCUCGCUAACCUUUGGCGAUCUGAACAUGAAUGUGAGCAAUUCCAAUUCAGAUUUCAGCUUUAUGGAUUCUGAUGGAUCUUCCCAGUUAGAGGAAGUUGAUGAUGUCAAAGGUCUCAGCAGCUUAAGUAGAAUCGGUCCUCAGCUGUCAACAGAUUCUAAAACAGCUAUUUAUCACGAGCCGGUUUCACAUAAAGAUGCUAACGCACUUAAAGACACAGGAAAGGACUCAUCUUUAGAAAGAACUAUGUUGUCCAAUAAAACGUGCAACCAAGAUUUUCCAUUUGAGGCCAACAAGGAAAGCAUCGCUGAAGCGAAUCAAUCUGAUCUCGGGAUUGAGCCCCGUGAGGAUAAAAAGAGACAUGAUGAUGCUUUAAAAGAGAUAAAAAUUGACUGUGAUGAUAACGGGAACCCUGACAGAGAAUUGUUUCCACGGGUGGCUAGCGCACGUGUUCGACCCAAGGGAAUUUCAAGACUAAACAGCACUGACAGUCCAAGCCGGACUGAUCUUGGUCAACACUCUUCUAUCAUCAAUGAAGGUCCGUCGUCUUAUCAACCAAACAAACCGGCUGCAUCAUCCAAUCUGGCAUCGGAUAGCAAUGAAGACAACGUCUCGGACUCUAAUUGCCCUUUGAACAACCGGUCACCAAUACCUUUGAACGACACGUUCCUUCUUUUAGGGGAUGAUAUGACACAAAACCCCUCUGAGAUUACUUUUGAAGUCCUUCAUGCCAAAGUCGCCCCUCAUUUGAGAAGUCCUCGAAAGUCGAAGCAGCAAUGUUCUCUCACGGCCGCUGACCUCCCCAUUCCCCCUUCCUGUUGGCCCAUCACAUGCCCCUCAAGCACGGGGUUGCAAAGCACUGAAACCAGUAGGUCUCUGAUUGUGGCCCCCUAUACGACUACGUCCUCCUCCACCCCCAACUCGAGCACAGUUACCAUUGAUCAGCCCGCGUUCGAUGCAUGGCACUCACUUUUGACUGAGGAGACUCGACCAGCUUGCAACCUGCCCCACCAGGAGAGCAGACCACAUCCAGUCAAACCUUUAAGCCAACCAGAGAAAAAGGAGAGCCGUUCGGUCCUGGAUAAACUUAAGUCCACUAUCAGCCCGGCACGCUCUGCCCAGCAGGCGUCAGUCGAGCCACCGAAAAUUCAGGAGCCCACAGAGGACAGGUUGGCACUAUACGAGCACCUCACCAACAUGGAGCUCAUCUCCUUGCUGCUGCAGCAGGACAUGGACAUGAACAAGCAGCAGGCGGCUUCAGAGCGUCAACAGGCGCAGCUGGAGAAGUGCGAGGCGGACCUGAAGAAGGUCAAGGCACAGGUCCGUGAUUUGGAGGACUACAUCGAUAAUCUGCUGCUGCGCAUCAUGGAGCAGACACCUACCCUUCUGCAAGUCCGCAGCAGACACAAGUGACGCUGGCGCCAUGGCCUCAGUGCUGCGAUGCACUGAAUCUAGCCAUGCCCCUUGAUAAAUGUUCUCGCCUGUAAAAGUGAGUUCUAGGAUUUAGUAGACAGAGGUCUUCCAACAACGAUUACUUCCCUGUUGACACAUUAUUAUUACAUGCAUGUAAGUUAAGAACAACAAACGAAUCUAAAUAACACGAGAAAAGCUUCAUAUUCUCUUGCCUAAACAUGCUUAGUAGAACAAGUUGUGGUCGUUGGAUGUUGUCACAUUCAAAUUCUAAUGUAGAAACUUCAUGUCAAAUAGUACAGUGUAAUAAUUUGACAAAAAUAGGAGAUCAUUUAUAUUAUUUAUUCUUAUAUAUAGCACCUUGUUACAGCUAUGGUUGUUGUGAGAGUGCUGUAUAAAUACAGUUGAGUUGUAAAUGCAAAUAAAGAAGACGGGGAAAAAAAGGAUGUUGCAGCACUGCGAGAAUGCAGACAUUAAACAAUGCAGCUCCCAAUUUCAAACACUCCAAAUGUAAAACAAACAGAAAAACUGAACAUAUGAUGCCUCAAACCUUGGAAGUUUGGACAGGGCGUACGCACAUCUUGAAGGAAAACCAAAGAGCAGGAAAUGGAAUUUAUUGUGACAGGAUUCAAUAUUAACAGAUUGCAAUACAUUUAGUUGAAUAGCAAUUCCAUGCUUUUUGUAAGUUUUAAGCUGUGUAGCCAAAUGCAAGAAAAGAUGGUCAA